UGCCAGUCGCCCAGCUGCGGCCACCUCCCGCGCCACGGCGCUACCGUCGUGCAACAACCUCAAUCGUCGUACCGUUGUUGUGCGUUAUCACACGAUGUUGCGGACCCAAGUUUUGUUGGAACGGUGACGAUAAUGAAGUUAAGGUGGUGAAGGUCAAUGGCUGUCGAACCGCGGCGGCUUGUAGAGCCGCGACGCGGAUUCGCGUUCUUCCUUUCGAUAACGUUCCUAGCAUCUUGGAGCGUUGCAGCACCCCUGAGUUACCACCGAUGGAGACGGCAAGCUGGCCAGUCUGUUAGUGAGACAAAUGCUCUUGACUACCUGAGCAAGUACGGCUACCUUGGCGGUACGGGCCUUCCGGGCGAUACAGGUCCGAGCUCCGACAGCCUUCGCACUGAAGAAGGUUUUCGUGAUGCUCUGAAACGCAUGCAGCAUUUCGCUGGCCUACGACCGACAGGACGGCUGGACGACGAGACCAUGAAGCUGAUGAAGGCUAGACGAUGUGGUCUUCCUGACAUGGCCGGACACUCCGAGAGGGUGAGACGCUACGCCUUGCAGGGGGCAAAAUGGGACAAGACGGAUCUCACCUAUAGUGUUGCCAACUUUCCCCGUGGAGUGGACCAUCACAUGAUCAGAAAAGAAGUGGGCCGUGCACUGAGGGUGUGGAGCGAUAACUCCAAGCUGAGCUUCACGGAGUUGCCGAGCCGCUCAAAGUCCGACAUCGUGAUCGCUUUCGAAAGGCUGGUUCACGGAGACGGUUACCCUUUCGACGGACCCGGUACCAUCCUGGGACACGCUUUCUUUCCCGGACCUGACAGAGGAGGGGACGCCCACUUCGAUGCGGAUGAGAACUGGGUGGCAGGAGCCGUGGAACGGGACUCGGACGGAGUGAGCUUAUUUGCCGUUGCUGCUCAUGAAUUUGGCCAUUCGUUGGGUCUUUCCCAUUCCUCUGUGCCUGGUUCCCUGAUGUUCCCUUAUUACCAGGGGGACAAGGAGGAACUGAAGCUACCCUACGAUGACCUUAUGGGCAUCCAGAGGUUAUAUGGAUCCAAAAACAACAACAGGUGGGUAACGAUGCAUCCAAUUAUUCCGAGGACGACGACGCGUCGACCUGGCCAUCGAGGACAGGUGCCGCAGAGGCGACCACAAGGCAAUGUUCCUUCUCAAAGACCAUACGAUGGCCCCCGGCGUGAGCCAUCUACUCAUGACAGCUAUCCUGACAAAUGUGACACAAGCAUCGAUGCCAUUUCUGUCAUCCGCAGGGAAAUGUUUGCUUUCAAGGGCAAGUACUUCUGGAGAGUGAAUGAACGUGGUCCUAACCCUGAUCGUGCUGUGCUGAUUCGUCAGUUCUGGCAUCUCGGUGAUAAUGUAGAGAAAAUUGAUGCAGCCUACGAAAGACCCGACAGGAAAAUUGCCUUCUUUUCGGGGAGGCGAUACUGGUUGCUGGAUGCCACCAACCCAUUGAGGGGUUACCCACGUCCACUGACAGAUCUAGGACUGCCAUCCACCCUUAGUCAUAUUGAUGCUGCAAUGGUGUGGGGCCACAAUGGAAAGACCUACUUCUUCAGUGGUGAUCAAUACUGGCGCUACGAUGAGCAAGAAAACAGCGUUGAGCCAGAUUACCCGAGGCACAUUCGCAUGUGGAAAGGGGUGCCACGGGACAUUGAUGCUGCAUUCCAGUGGACAGAUGGCCAGACCUACUUUUUCAAAGGCAGGAAUUUCUGGAGGUUCAACGACCGCUUAAUGUCCGUAUACAAUCAGACCAAUGACAUAGGUCAAGUAUGGUUCAACUGUCCGCUUGUGAGGCGUUCUUACGCCGAUGGACACCGCAGUGGUGGCAUGCAGUGGCUCAGUCUACCGCUCAGCGUGCUUGUUUCCACGGCAACUUUUGUCUUCAUGAUGAGGAGGUGGUGAUACCAUCACACGGACUACAGAGAGGAGGAGCUUUGAGGACAUUCAGACAAGAUCUAGGCUAGUCUACAAUGCCUCCAAUCGAAGCUCUCAUUUCUAUGGGAUGUGUCAAAGUAUGCUGCCUAUGUUUAUUAGGAUUUGAUUGCCUGACUGCACAGUGCAGGAUCAAAUGUGCUUCAGGCAUUUACUGUGAUGUAGGUAAGGGCAGUUUGGAGCCAUUCUUUACACCCGUCCGUAAAACAGAGGAGGAAAUUAUUGGUGUAGCUAAGCACUAAGUAUGUACAACGUGGAAACGUAGAGGAUAGGAUACAGCUUGGCUCAACUUUCCACAGUCAUACUUAAAGAUGACAAUGAGCCUGUCAGUUUUCCACACGCCCCUAGAAUGAGAUACCAUGCCGCGUGAAAAAAUGUAACGCUGCUCUGCCCGUGUUCAAUGAUAAACUUUGUCGUAUUUAUUUUUGUAAUAACCUUUGCGGAACAAGAAGGCAAAGGCAUUAAAAAGUGCCAUCGGUGCGAGUCUUUCCACUUCUGCGGAGUGACUGGCGUACUUGAACGUGUGUAGCUUCGUGUAACAAUAACUCAGCUAGCCUGAUGUCAAAUGUGCAUUUUAGAAUGUUGAAAAUUAUCUAACGUGAUGCCUGCAACAUUGACUGUUUUUCUUUACCUAUAGUCAUUUGCAAAGUAACUCCUCCACUGGCACGUAUAACUCAGUGCCACGCUGCUCCUAUGUGCGCCCUAGUAGUACGUCAAUGCAAAAGGUCACACUAGCGAUAGAGCUAACAAUGUGCAAUACCAUAACAUGGCGCCAGAAGUACUUGAUAUCCUGUAUGAGCGACACAAAACUGUGUUUUGAAGCCCAUUGUAACUGAUUCUUAGCGUGUGGUCGUUACGAGACAUUCUAAUACCAUGGGCCAUUUGGCUACACGGGGCUUCAUAACACACACUGAUGCAUGGUAGGGUAGUCAUAUCUUCAAAAGGUGAAACGUCGUGAAGCAGAAAUGUGAACGCAGUCACCACACAUAGCGUUCCUCACACCUUGUUAUGGUUAGAGCCCCUAGCUUUCCGCGAUCCAGCGAAAUUGGCCAUGUCUAGCGGAACCUGCUGUCUCCCUCAGAAUCGUCUGUCGUUUUGCAAAAUGUUCAAUAUCUUACAGGAUAAUGUAAGGAUUUCAAUUGAUCUACAACAUUUUCGUGGGUUAAACCCGAUCAGCCGCAACUUCAAAAACCGACACCACUGAUAAUGCCACGACCAAAGGAAAUUUAAUGACAGCAAUGCCCGGAAAGAGAUUGAGAGAAUUGUGUCUAGUUUUCUUUGCGCACUGAACGAGUCAGCAUGUGAUCUUGGGAGCACCUUUUCUUCUCUUGCUUGUUUCGUUUACUCGCAGAGUCCUGCGGAUUUGCUAGUCCCACUUUGCAGAAAGCUAGGGGCUCUAGUUAUGAUGCAGUACUACCAUUUUGGACAUGUCUAAAAAAUACAGCCUCGUGUGUGUAGAAAUUGCGCAAAUGUAGUCAUAUUUCCAAGUACGUUCAAUAUUGCUUCGUUAUGUUUUAGCACGCAACUGUUAGCAUUUUACGUGCAAGCACAUGCAACACAGCCUGGCAACAAGGUCAGUCCUCUCCUGCCAGCAUCGUACGCAAUACAUUGUUAUAGACUCUUUCACUUUGUAAAUACUACUGUAAAUACUUCCUGUAACAGUAUUCUAGGUAUUUAUUGCGCACUUUUCUACACCGACCUAGUCAGCCUUUGUGGAACGCAGAAGCAUUGCCUCCGUAAUAUAAAUAGGAUUACUUCAUACAUAUGGUAUAUUAACUCAACUGCAGCUGCAUUGCAGAUGCAGUAAGAGAAGCACCAAAGAGAAGCAUCUGGUCAGAGAGAAAGAAAACACCUAUCCAAAAUUCUAAUUUGCAUUUCAAUGUUAUGGGGAUCAAUAUACCUUCUCAAUAUAAAAAAUGUGACUGCUCAGUAUCCACACUUGCACGUAGGACUGUUGUCUUUCCUAAUUCAACAUGUGAGCAUGAAUGAACAUGAAACAAGCUGCCUUAUCAAUAUGAGCUAUCUUUUGUAUGUAUCAUUUUUGGCAACAUUUUACUGACAUUUGUAUAGUUAUGUCUGUUUGCCAGUGAACUGAUCAUGCCUUCCACAGAUUAUAUACAUGGCUCCCCCCAAUUUUGGAACAAAAACUCGAGGACCUUUCAAGGCUCAGGUCUCAUUUUGCCCGUCGUGUGAAACAUGGCUUAGGACCAGGUCUUCAAUAUUUCGCAAAAAUAUUUCAAAGCUACAGGUAUCAGACGACAGCAUAAAAAAGGGGCUGUUCACAAAACUUGACUCCUCGAUGUUUAAGAUCAUAGGAUAGAAAGGAACCACUACCGAUUGCCAUCAUUGCAAUCAGUGCUAAUUCCUGUGGUUUCCAAAUUGUAGUUGUGAUUCCGCGCAAUUCGCAAUGCUUUGUGAUGCUUCGCAACAAUAAGAAAAGGAUGCAAAAUCAAGGGUUUCAAGGACCAGUGGGAAUCAUGUAUGUAUUACAUAUGCCUUGUACCCAUUAUACAUGCAUCGUGAAAUGUACUUUGCUACGAGUCCUUUUACCGCACACAUGUAAUGCACGUGCAAAAAAGCAAGUUUUUUGCUCGCCAUAAUGAGCUUUGCAACUUGUCACUGCUACAUAAUUUUAUAUUCGUUUUUUAAUUAUUUAUUACGUAGCGAACAAAGUAAGUUUUGAACAGUUUUGUGCUCGAGUGUUUUCCGAGGAAAUGGCUUUAUUUAUGAAACUGGAAAUGUGUGAUGCCCUCGCGCACUAAAGGCUUUCCUUGGGAGAUUGUUCUCUCGUAUGAGAGCUUGUAUUUGAAUUAUUUUACUUCAAAAUAAACAAUAUCGCAACUUUGAA